UGGAUGAAGUUGGAUUAUGUUUUGUGAGUUAGAGAACUCACAAAAAGAGUGAAGACCACAACACAACAAUACAUAGAAAAAAUUAAAAAAAAAAAAGAUGAACGCCACGUGUUAGUCUUAACAUGUGCAACCAUUAUCACAAGUCGCAUUUAACAUAGAGAAGAAUGGAUGUUUACUGUUCCAACCCAACACAGAAUAUCCAUCCUCCAACACACCCAUUAAAUCUUCUUAAUUGCCCUCUGCUUUCGCUCAACAAACACAUCUUUACCUUACUAAUUUUCCUUAAAUGACGCUAUUGCCCUUCUCACUAGUUGGUAGUAGCUUUUUCUUUUCCUUUUCACUUUCUCAACCUUCCUAACUUCCAACCAACUGCCUUUAUAUUUCUCAUAAAAUCGAUACUCCAUUAUUGUAAAAUUGUUUUAUAAACCUGAAAAUUUUAGUUAAUCUCAUGAAUUAAGAUAAACGAAAUUUAGGUACACUCCACUUAAUUACAAAGCAUGGAGUGCCAGCUGUCACAAUGUUAAGCGGUCAAACGUCUGUCUACCUGUCCGUAUCACGCCGUUAAGCUCCGUCCGUGAAGCAAAGAAAUGGCACUCCGGUAAUAACUUCACCAAAACAAGGGCCAUUCCGUACUUACAUCUGUCUUCCACAUGCGGCCAAUUACAACACUGUACACAACAGCACCGAACCGAAACUGUGAGCGAUAAGAAGAAGAGAGAGACUAAACAAACCAAGAGUCCUUCACAAGAGCAAAGUGCUUCUUCCCGCAAAGCAAUGCCACUCAUCACUUGAAUUCGUUGCUCUUUUCCCCAUAACUUUGACGUUCCUCUCGUCAUUUUCGUGCAAGUAACUAUCACUCCUUAAUGAAGAAAACUAAUUUAAUCUGCAUUUUCUGUAGUUCAUGCUGAAUUAUUCAUUUCUUUCGUGUUCAAGAUCUUGAAGAAUAAUGCUAUAUCUGGAAAAUAUUUUUCAGAUGAAACCUUGAUCCAGCCUGCAAUUUUUGAUUCUUAAGAUUCUGGUAUUUGUUUGAUCAAAGGUUGAACUUCAGAGAGAAUGGCAUCUUGGGAUCAUAUGGGGGAUUUUGCAAAUAUAGCGCAGUUGACUGGUGUGGAUGCUGUGAAGUUGAUUGGUAUGAUUGUGAAAGCUGCGAGUACUGCAAGGAUGCAUAAGAAAAAUUGCAGACAAUUUGCACUGCAUUUGAAGUUGAUUGGAAACUUGUUGGAGCAACUCAAGAUCUCGGAGCUGAAGAGGUAUCCAGAAACUAGGGAGCCUUUAGAGCAGCUUGAAGAUGCUCUUAGGAGAUCUUAUAUGUUGGUUCAUAGUUGUCAAGAUAGGAGCUACCUUUACUUGUUGGCAAUGGGGUGGAAUAUUGUUUAUCAGUUCAGGAAGGCGCAGAAUGAAAUUGAUAGAUAUCUGCGGCUCGUUCCUCUUAUUACUCUCGUGGACAAUGCUCGAGUCAGGGAAAGACUUGAAUAUAUUGAAAAGGAUCAACGUGAAUAUACAUUAGACGACGAGGACCAACAGGCGCAUACUGUUAUUUUAAAACCCGAUCCAGACAAGGAAGAUACUGCAGUGCUGAAGAAAACUCUUUCCUGUUCAUACCCCAAUUGUUCUUUCACUGAAGCGAUUAAAAAAGAAAAGGAAAAGCUUAACCUAGAGCUACAAAGGUCACAAGCAAAUUUGGAUAUGAAUCAAUGUGAAGUUAUUCAGCGUUUAUUAGAUGUCACCAAAGUAGCAGAGUAUUCUCUUCCGAACAAGGGUUCACCUGAAAAAAGUCAUAAGAAAGAGAAAUACAAUCACUCUGAUUCCAAUGAUGACAAGGGUCUUUCAUCUGAUGAAAAUUACCAUGCAAAAGUUGAUACUCUUUCGCCAACUAGAUUUUCUGUUUCCAAAAAUGACGUGAUGUCAACUCGAGGUGGAGGUUCAUAUCAACAGGAAGAUUGGCACACUGAUUUACUUGCUUGUUGCUCUGAACCUUCUCUUUGUAUGAAGACACUCUUCUAUCCUUGUGGAACAUUCUCCAAGAUUGCUUCGGUUGUAAAAAACCGGCCCAUGUCCUCUGCAGAAGCGUGUAAUGAAUUGAUGGCUUAUUCGUUAAUUUUGUCAUGUUGCUGCUAUACUUGCUGUGUACGGAGAAAGCUUCGAAAGAUGUUGAACAUCACGGGUGGCUUUGUUGAUGAUUUUCUCUCGCAUUUAAUGUGUUGCUGCUGUGCCCUUGUACAAGAAUGGAGAGAAGUGGAGAUCCGUGGGAUUAGUGGUGCUGAAAAGACCAAAACAAGCCCUCCACCUUCCCAGUACAUGGAAUCUUAAGUUAAAAAUGAAACUGUCAUUUGGUUGUUUAGUGAUUCAAGGGCCCUGAAGACAUUAAAUAGAGGCUACUGGAAUUCUAACUUGAAGGCAAGAGCUAUGUAUUUUGAUUCUCAUCGUACCUUGCCUCUUUUAAACUAUGUAUGUAUAGUAAUUUGUUGUGCUGUAUUGUACUCCACAAAAGUAGCUUCUAGAUUUAUCUGAUGUAUCAUUAUUAAUAUUGUUUUCCUGGUUUAAUAUAAUUUGAGUUAAUUUCUUAGCA